AUGGUUGUAAAUAGCCAUGAAAAUGAGGCCCAAGUUCUAAUAGAAUCAGAAUUAAAUGUCUCAGAUAAGAAUUGUUCUUAUUGCGAUAAACCAUUUGCCGAGAAAUUAUGGUGUAAAGAAUGUGACCCAUGGUGUAUGAUUGAAGGAUGGACUAGUGGAAAUUCUGAUAUUGAUAAAUUCAUCAAAGAUACAAUGUAUCAUACAAGAAAUGUAAAAGGAUAUCCAAGAUUUCUUGAAUGGGUGCCUUUUGAUAGAAUCACAGAUAUAGAAGAAAUUGGUGAAGGAGGAUUUGCCAAAGUGUAUUCUGCGACAUGGAUCGAUUUUCAAUCGGGAUUUUAUAAGCAAGAUGACGGAAGUUGGAAAAAGUAUGAUCCUGAACCUAUGAAGGUUGCUUUGAAAAGGUUAUAUGGAUCACGGGAAAUGUCAGCUAAAUAUUUUAGUGAGCUUAAAGCACAUUGGGAUUUUUAUAAAAGAUAUCCUCUCGGAUUAGAAUUUUAUGGGAUAACUAAGGAUUCAAAAACCAAAGAUUUUAUUAUGAUCAAAUUAGCUUAUAGAUGUAUGAAUGCAAAUCCAAACCAAAGACCAGAAGCUGAUGAAUUAAAUGAUACAAUUGAUUUUUGGCAUAAAUCUAUUUUUUCUGAGAAGUAUGAUGAUACUAAAGAAUAUGGAUAUUAUGGAAAAGAAAUAAAGGAAGCAUUUGAAGAGGCAGAUAAAGAGAUACAAAGUAUUUCAAUUUCACGUAAAACGAAUCCUGAUGCUAUAUAUACAAGUAGAGCAUUUACAUUUAAAAAUUUGACAAAACCUAUUAAUUCGUCUCUUAUCACCUCAUAUCUUGAAAAGGAUGAGAAUAAUGAAGAAUUUCAAGAUUCUCAAUUAAUUGAAUUAGGAAUUUCUAGCUCAUUACAAUUAAGAGAUGUCAAUAAUUGA